AACUACAGCUUCUGCGUGGAGGAAUUUGUAUGAGACGCGUCCACUGACCGGAAACUGAGAUUGUCCCUGACGUCAUUUCCUGGCGGGUACCAUUAUAGGCUACAGGAAGGCUCUAGCCCCGCCCCUAUGUCUCUUGCGCCCCCCUAGGCGGAUGGAGGAUGGGUCGGGUGGAGUUCUAUGCAGUCUGGGCUCUGCAGGAGGCUCCGCGGCAGCUGGUCAGUAAAGGGGGGCGGAUGACCUUCCAGUUGCCGCUGCCCCUCCCCCUCCCUAAACAGCUGGUCAUCUUCAGCCUCGGGGACUGGAACUUCUACACCAGCGACACCCGCGUGUGCGCUCAGCUGCGUGCCCGUUUUGCCCAACCACAGCUCAUCGGGACCCUCUCUGCACAAUGCAGGUCUCUGGUGUGGGAGGGCGACUGGAACCUGGAGAUUAUCAUGGACUGCAUAAAAUUGGCGGCUCAGGGAAUCCCGGCCAAACUGCUGCUCACCGUAACUGGAAAGGUGCAGGUGAUGAAAGGUUCAGGCUUCAGUAGCAGCACUCCGGCCAGGAGGAGACUCAGCACUGGACCCCUCACCAGCCCCUUGUUAUCUGAGAGCACAAUUGCCCCUGUAAGGCACCUGGAAGCAAACACUGAGGAGAAAGUUCACAUGUCUGAGGUCAACCCGCUGGCCACCAGUGCUAUACUGAAAGAUUCUCCACCUUUAAAGAAGGCCGCCAUCUUACCUCCCACCAUUCAGGAGGGAGUGAUAGGUGUGCAGGAGCUAUCUAGGAGAAUAGUUGCUCGUCCCAGGAACCCCAGAAGGCUGCGCUUUGGGAGUAAAGGCUGUGAGGAUGGAGCAAACGGGCCAGUGUGCCCCUCAGCAAGAUGGUGCCAUAGCGUCUGCAUGUGUGACCCUGAAACAGCCAUUCUGAUUGGUGGGGAAGGUGCCAACGAGAAGCCGUGCCAAGACUCGCUAUGGAAGCUGGAAAUAGACAACGACUUCUGGUUCCAGAUAGAUAACUGCCUCGGCACUGCCCCUCAGUGCUUCCGGGGACACACUGCCACCUUUGACCCUGAGACCAAGAAGGUGUAUGUGUACGGCGGCAUGUGGGAGGGUCGCUGGCUCAGCAAUGUGCAUGUGCUGGACACUGUGGCGUGGAAGUGGACGGUGCUCAUUGCGGUGGGGAAGGUGCCGACACUCAGCUAUCACAGCGCCACCAUUUACCAGCGAGAGCUGUAUGUGUUUGGAGGUCUGUGUCCACAGGUGGGAUCUGAUUCUGGGAGCUGCACCAAUGCACUUUAUAUCUUCAACCCAGAAUACAAGAUCUGGUACCAGCCUAUCGUGGAGGGGUCACGCCCGGUACCCAGAUACGGUCACAGUGCAACACUCCUUGGGAACCGACUGUUGAUAUUUGGUGGCCGGCGCUCUCCGACUCCUAUCUAUCUGAACGAUUUGUACAUCUUGGAUCUGGGUUACAUGGAGUUUACAACUGUGUCCUUUCCAUCCUCGGCGGAGAGGCCGUCUCCACGCUGUUUCCAUGCUGCCAUGCAGGUGACUGAUUACAAGCUCUUGGUCCAUGGAGGCUGCUCUGCGUCUGGAGCCCUAAAAGAUGCCUUUAACUUUAACCUUGAUAAAAUGUCAUGGAACUCUAUCAAGUUUGGGGUGAGCACCCAGCUCCCACGUGCAGGCCAUUCCUUACUGAACCUAACCUCCUCCCACCUGACAGACUCUGACAAAGAAAAGCACGGAGGACGGAGCCUAUGCAGAGUUCUCAUUAUUGGUGGAUCUGACGGCUGCGGCAACUUUUACAGUGACACCCCCAAGUUUCAGCUAGAUCUGAGUGCCUGAAGACCUUUGUGUAUUUUUUUUUUACAAUGCCGUAACUACCUCUUGUCCUGGAGUAGGGGACAUUUAUUCUCAGCGUAUCAGUUAUUUAUUGUAAUGUCUUGUUGCAGGACCAGGGUGUGUUCUUUAUAUUGAGUAUUUAUUAUAUCCUGUCGUCAGUUAUUCUGUUGCCCUGUCUUAGGGUAGGGGGUAUUUAUUGUCCUGUACUUUCUAUAUAUAAAGAGAUUGCAGUAAUGUCACA